AUGUCAACUGUUCCUAGUCUUAGCUUUUCGAUCAGCAACAAACGUAAACCGAUCUUAAUAUGUGAUGGAUUCAUUUUUCAAUUAAACCGUACGCGACCAAAUUUGAAGUACUGGCGAUGCAAAGAUCGAACUUGUUCAGCUUAUAUUCAUACAAAUCACAACAAUCAAUAUGUUGGAAAAUCCGGUGAUCAUAAUUUUCAUUUACCAGUGCCUGAACAAGUCGAAGUUGCAAUGUUUAAAGAGAAGGUGAAAGAACGAGUUGUGAAAGAAACAACGGCGAUUGGAAAGAUUUACGACAAGGAAAUGGCUUCUCUUAAUCUGAGUGAUGGUGCUCUUAGUUUAAUUCCUUUGGCUGACGAAGCAAAAGCAUCACUUAAUCGUUUACGACGACAAACAACACCACCAUUACCAACAUCAUCUUGUUUCGAUCUUCCCGAUGCCUAUUCAACGACAAUCAGUGGUGCACAUUUUUUAUUCAGUGACACAGUUGUUCGAAAGAAGCGGGUGAUGUUGUUUGCAACAGAUGAGCAAUUGCGUAUGCUUUUUUCAGCAAAAACCAUUAUGAUCGAUGGAACAUUUUCGGCGUGUGUACCACACUUCAAUCAUGUGUUUUCGUUGCAUUGCAUCAAGUAUGGAUACAGAAAGUCAAUUCCAAAUUUUCUAAAUACCUAUUUAACAGUGAACUACUUUUCCUUAAAGAUUUUCCAUGUGUUAUCUGUUUGUUGCCUGGUCGAACUGCUUCAAUAUACAAGCAUGUCUUCGAGGUAUUGGAUGCAGCAGCUCAACGUCUUAAUUGCAAAUUUAAUCCGGACAAAAUCAUGUCCGAUUUCGAGCAAGCUCUUAUCAGGACAAUUGCUUCAUAUGUAAGCAAUAACUUUCAUAUCGAUCUAGUUUUAUUACAUCUUUACUUCUUUUAGUUUCCGAACGCGCAACAUUCGGGAUGUUUCUUCCACUACACCCAGUGCUUGAGUCGUCGUAUUCAAGCACUGGGAUUAAGCACAUUUUACAACAACGAUGAAGAAAUGCGCUCGUUGUGUAGACACUUGAUGGCUUUACCACUACUCCCAGUUGAAGACGUUCAACGAGCUUUUGAAACACUUAGUGAAGAAGCUCCGAUGGAAUUGCAACCAUUUUUUGAAUAUUUCGAGGAUUGGUGGAUGAAGAAGGUACCGUUUCGUCUUUGGAAUGUAUCGAAUUUAAAAGUAAAAACUAACAAUAAUGUUGAAUGUAAGGCAUAAUUGUUUUUUUGUAUUGUUCUAACCUUGUUUUUCUCAUUGUAGCUUGGCAUAGUCGAUUCAACAAGAGAAUCGAAAAAAACCAUCCUAAUUUUUGGUCAUUUGUGAAUGUAUUGAAGCAAGAAGAAGUUCAUUUUAAACAACAGUUAAUUCAUGGCAAUUCUGGCAAGUUAAAAAAGGCGUCAAAGAAAACAUGCACCAUGCAGGAUAAACUUAAAGAGCUUCGAAGGAGAUACGACGAACAAACGAUUAAAUUGAAUGAAUAUCACAACGAAUUAUCAAAGCUUAUCGCCACAAAAUGAAAAUUAUACGAAUGUGUUGGUACAUGCCUUGAAUCUAUGACUCUAGCUCUUCGUUCUCACUCAUAUGCAUUUUUAUUUUAUUUUUCAUUGAUAUGUAUUCGAAUUUUACCUAAUAAAACAUAAAUUUAAUUUAUUCAUGCUCCAAUUUUAUUUUUUCAUCAUCAGCUUCUUUUGUUUGUGUUUCAUGAUGUCGACGUUUUACAUUGUCGAUAUCUAGUGUGUCGACAUUUUUUUUCGGUCGACAUUUGAUUUUCGACAUUUUUUUUUCGACAUUUUUUUUUCGACAUUUUAUCGUCGACGUUUGACUACUUUCCCGAAUAAACUAUAAUUUUCCAGAAAAUAUGUUCCGCUAAACUCACACCUGCCCCCCCCCCCCCCGCCCUUCAGGACAAUACUGAGGGAAAACAUAGCUGAGGUAGACCACAAGAGAAAUUUCGAUGGAGACUUUUCUGGCAAAUUAUAGUUUAUUCGACGUAUUUUUUUUUGAUUUGAUUCCGAAUAUCAUAUCUAUUUAGUAUGGAAACAAUUAGUUCGAAAUGAAACUCGAAAAAAUGAUCCUGUUUUCAGGCGUUUUCUACCAUAUUUUAGCAUAGUUGGAGAAAAAGUGAAUUUUUUUAACAACGCUAAAACUCUGGAUUACGAGCAUACGUAAUUUUUUUUCCUUAUAGAUCUAAUUGUUCGAAUGCUUAAAAAAAGAUCAGUUUAGCU